AAUAUAAAUAUGUGUUGGCAAUACUGUGUUCACUUACAUAAGAGGAAUUUGGUCUCUUCAGUCGUUUCGUAAAAAACUGCCAAUUGCCCGGAACAAUUAAAUCAUUUAGCAGCAUGAUGAUGCAACGAGUUACAGCCUUUCUUGCUCCAAUGGCUGUUGAAGCCACUUUACAAAUCCAACAACAACGGGGUAUGGCCACAUUGAAGGCGAUCUCCAUUCGACUUAAAUCAGUUAAAAAUAUUCAAAAAAUUACGCAAUCCAUGAAAAUGGUAUCAGCUGCCAAAUAUUCACGUGCUGAACGUGAAUUGAAAGCUGCUCGUCCUUAUGGAGUGGGAGCUCAGCAAUUCUUUGAGAAGACCGAUAUUAAGGCUGAUGAGAAAGAAGAACCAAAAAAACUCUUAAUUGGAAUAACUUCGGACCGUGGCUUAUGCGGUGCUGUGCACACUGGUGUGGCUCGUUUCAUCCGCGGCGAACUGGGUAAAGACGAAACAAAUACCAAGGUUUUCUGCGUGGGCGACAAGUCGCGUUCCAUUUUGGCACGACUUUAUGGCAAAAAUAUUUUAAUGGUAGCUAAUGAGGUCGGUCGUUUGCCUCCUACCUUUUUGGAUGCUUCACGUAUUGCCCAUGAAGUGCUAAAAUGCGGUUAUGACUAUACCGAAGGACAGAUUGUUUAUAAUCGGUUUAAAUCUGUAGUCUCUUAUCAGUGCACUUCUUUGCCCAUCUAUGGUGCUCCAACGGUUGAGAAAUCUGACAAGUUAGUACUUUACGAUUCACUAGAUUCCGAAGUGAUUAAAAGUUACUUGGAGUUCUCAUUGGCUUCGCUCAUAUUCUAUACCAUGAAAGAGGGCGCUUGUUCCGAGCAAUCUUCCCGUAUGACUGCCAUGGACAACGCAUCUAAGAAUGCCGGUGAAAUGAUUGAGAAAUUGACGCUGACAUUCAACCGUACCAGACAAGCUGUCAUUACACGUGAAUUGAUUGAAAUCAUUUCCGGUGCUGCUGCCCUGGAUUAAAUUAAUUGAAGUCUUUAAACUUCGGACAGCAAGUUUUUUGCGAUUUUCUAAUACGAAAAAGUUUUAAUAAGUUGCUAUUAUUGUAUUACUCGAUAGAAAACCAACCACACUGCAAUAAUAAAAUCCAAUAUAAAAUUUAA